AUGGCUCUGACGGCUUCGUGGAAGCAAAGAGUGCGGGCUUCUACCAUCACCCCAUCAAGAAGAUGUGGCAUUGUACUCUCACAAGCGCUCGAGAGCCGCGGAUGGCAGUCCGGCACCUUCCGUGAAAGAUUCACCCCAGAAUUUGAGCAAGAAUAUCUCCGCUAUGAUAUCCUGAAAGAAGCAGAACGCCGCCUGGAGGGUUCUGAUGCAGACUUAGACGACGAUGCUGGGAGCGCACGGGACGACGAGUCACAAGAUGAUGGUGAAGAUCGCCUGAGUGAUGGCCUUGAGAUUGAAGGUUCCGAGCCUGAGAGCAAGUAUAGCAUCGAAGGCGAUGAAGAUUAUGUUGACGACGGAGGAUCGCUGUCUGAUGGCAAAGUCGAAUCUCAGAAGGGCAAGAAGCAAGGACCUCCUAUGGGAUGCCCACUUUCCUUGCAUAAGUCUACUCGAGGAGGGUCUGAGAAAAGUCAAGAAGGGGACAACCAGAAUGCAUCCUGUCAAGGAGAGUCCUCCAAGCUACUGAAUGCGCCUUUGGAUUAUCGCGGUAUCGAUCGCCCGCGGUUGAGAAGACCUGUCUCAGCAAUCACAACCCCACAACUCACCAAUGUUUCCGAAGAACCAGCAACUGAGGUCAAUGAAGCUGGCGAGGAAACCACCAGCGAAGCAGGGCCGGUUCCAGAAGAUGUGCCGGUCCCGGAAGAUGUGAAGACAAUGGAGUUGGACAUCGAGAACCUCGAGCGUCUACAUGCUAAUGAAGAGUCGACAACUGCUCCCAAGGUCGCCAAAGCUUCAGAGAAGGUCAAAGUCGCUCUGGGAAAGCUGGGCCGGCUUCUCGACAAAUACUGCUAUCCAGAAGAACCGACGAGCGACGUAUUGCAGACACACAAGGAAGGCGGGGCGCGCAGAAGCUUUGGACGGACGUUGUCCAGCUCCCCACUGAUUGUCGCUCCAAGCGACUCUAGAUGUGAGCUCAGCUGUCGCCAAUAUGCGGCUCACUGGAAGUACUUCCAAACCGAAGAAGAUGUUAAUGCCUUUUGGGGAAACUGGUCGAGUCUCCUUAGAGCUGCCGCUGGCAUAAAUCCGGAUGAUGUGGGCCCUGUUCUGGUGCUAGCCAAAGACAUACUUCGAAUGACGGUCGACGGAUAUGUCCCUGGUAUGGUCGGCCUAAGACCAAAGGAAAAUCAGAUCACUGGCGCUGCUUCGUUCUUCGCGAAAGCAUCCGAAACCGGCAAGAUUGAGUCAGUCGAUGGAAAGCAUCAGUAUGAAACUCUUCCCACUAUGGGCGGCAUACGAUCUGAUGUCCCAGGCGGUGGGAAGACUUUGAUGGCGAUCAUGCAUCUCCAGAACACCAUCAACCGGCUGAAGCCUGGAGAGGUGCAUCGGCCGAACUUCUUAUUGGGCCCACGAACUCCGUAG